UAACCGACCGCAAUUUUCUGCAAGUCGGCCAUCUUUGUUAGUUGUGGUUGUCGCUUCUUGUAAACUGUACAUGAUUAUGCUCGUGACCGGCCUUGUCUGAACCCAGCAUUAAUGGCGGGAAAAUAGCACGUGGCUGGCUUUGGCGCUAGGUGUAAUGGAAUUUUUAAACUAUUUUUAAACUUUUCGUUUACUUUCAGCUGAUGGCAGUGUCAAUGAAAAUCAGCUGAGAUAUUAUCAUCAGAUUUUGAACAAGAUUCUUUCCCAUGUGAAUUCAUACCCAACGUCGUCAUGACACCUUCGCUCCCUUACUCACGAAAGUGAUGAGAUCCCGGAUGAGAUGUCGAAGUGGUCAGCAAUUAGUGUCAUGACACGGCUCCCUCCCUUCUACUCACUAAAGUGAUGAGAUGAUGAAAUGGUCAGCAAUUAGUGUCAUGACACCUCUAAACAGUAUAGGCCUAGAUAUAAAUAUUCUGAUGAUAAAAACACUAUAUUUUGGCAGCAUUUUCCGCAAGUCCGUAAAGGUCGGGUAAAGUCGGGGUUUAGGUCGGGAAUAAGAACGACCCCUCUUCUUCUUCUUCAGCGUUCAACCUGCCUAAGUACUAUAACCUCAGUCCUGUGGCGGAGAUGAAGCGGCUUGUCGCCUGAAGGUCCGGCUGUGUUCCCCACAGCUUUUCUUCGACCUUCGUGUCCUUAGGCCAGAAUCUAUUUCGUGAAUCCUGGUACAGGGGACAGUCCUGUAGGAUGUGCGUUGGUGUUUGCACUGCUGUCUGGCAUUGGCAUUCUGCUGUGUCUCUUACUCCUAUACGUUUAAGAUGCCCACGCAGGCCACAGUGGCCUGUUCUUAGACGGUAGAUGGUAGUAGCGUCUUUUCGGUCAAGUAGCCACAGCUGAUCUGAUUGGGGGUGUUGGUUUCCCUGGCUUUUCUUCCAGUCAUUUCUGCAUUUCUGCUUCAGGAGUGUUGUUAUUUCUCUGUAUGACUGCUUCCCAUUUGGCUGGAUCUGUAGGCUUCCUUCUUUUGCUAGUUGGUAGAACGACCCCUCAAAAUCGGUCACUCAGUCCGUCACUGAGUCAGUGUCACUGAAUGACUGAUGAAUAUCGAAUGUCCGGUUUCGGCGGGCAAGAGAUCCCUGUAACAGACGGUUAAAAUUUCUACGAUAAACGGUUAAUUAAAAGUUUACCCAUUUUAUUAUAAUUUAUCAAAGUCUUGAGGAUUCAUCAAAACUUGAAUUUAUUGACAAUCAUCACAGGCAUGUUACAUAUGAUUUCUCUUCUGUGGAUGAUCGAUAUAAUUAUUACAAGCCGUCGCACACUCGCUCACUUUAUUUUCGGCAGCACCUGCUGAGAUCUUUUAUGUAAGGACCGUGUACAAAACUAUAGGAAGCAUUAGAAUCAUAGUUUACAUUUUGACUAAAAUAAGGUUAUGUGAUGUAAACCUUAAACGAAUAGUAAUUUUGCAAUCUGUUUAUUUAAUCAGAAGCUUCAUUUCUACCCUUUGUGAAAUACGUGAAGGUACGAUUCGGGAACUCGGCACCGAGGUCAGACAUUUAAAUUGAUGAGUGAGAUCUUCUCUUUUGUGUGAGAGUUGAGUUUAGACUGUAUUUUAUUCGGUAAAUUAGUUUCAUUGAUUCUGACUUCGCUGAGGACCCAAGUUGUCCUUUCACGGGGUUAGAUGAUGAAGAAGAUAAUUUAUUCAUUAACAAGAAAACACCUAGUCUUAAUUAGAAAUAAGUAAUUAGUUGAGGUGAUUUAAGUUGAGUUCGGUCAAAUUUUCUAAACCUAGUUUUUCCACAUGUUCGCAGCUGUUGCGCUCAUCUCGGUUCGUUGUCGCUAUUUAGGAAUCGCCGGGACAAUAGGGCUGGGUCACAGAUACUCGUUUUUAUAAGGGCCAAAAUGUUCUUUCGUGGCUUGGUCAUGACGAUUCCUAAAUUGACUUGGCAGUUCCUGAUUGGUCAUUUAUGACGUGUCGGGGUCUUCCUGUUCAACGACGCAUGCGCAACAGUUGAUGCUAAAAAAGAAGGGGUGCGCCCUGACCCGGGACACUCGCUUGCGGGCUGCAGUUUCAAAACGAUAAAUUUACGUUCCAUGCAUCUCGCAUAGAUCGGUUCUCAAAUCACACUUAAAUCAAAUCCUCAUAAACAUCCGUUUAAAAGUAAGUCCACAUUUUGAAACGUACACGGCUCAUUAUUCUAAAGUUGUACCAACGUAAACUUUCUCACAAAAAUACUCAUAUAAUUCCCCAGAUAUUGACUUCUCGAUUUCUUCGAUUUCGAUUUCGAUUCUACCUGGACCUGGCCCUGCGUGACCUUCCAUCGGCACACUGCAGGUCAAGAUCUAUGACCUCCUUCGGGAAGGCUCCCUCAUCACCGAAGGUUGGUAUCGGUGGAUGAUUCGAAUCGAACGAAUUCUUAUAUAAUAUUCGGAUCAUGACCGAUACCGGCGUAAGGUGACAUCCCUAUGGCAUGUACUGCUACACACAAAGUUUGUUUUGGCUUUCUACAUCUCAGUUCAUGGCUUUUAUCUGUUUUUAACGAUUUGAUAUUUGAGUUGAUUAAGCAUGCACUAUGCAGGUGUAACUCUUAGUCUUGACUCUUAUGCUGGCAAAUCUGCCAUUAGCGUUGUCUUCAGGUUGCUGGCAGAUUGCUGUAAUUAUAAGUCGCACAUCAUUUUGGGAGACUUCCUCUAACUGGUACGAAGUUGAUUGUCAUCUGGGUGACACCUCGCUCUGAAUAGACAGAGUCCUUCACCACAAUAUAUAUUUUUAUUACAGAUUGUUAUCAUAGCGUUAUACUUAAGAGUGCCAUUUUGUGAUUUAAAACCAUCGAAAAGUCAUGGCUUGCCAAAAAGCUUCAAGUUCAAUGUUGAGAUUGAAUCAAGUGACCAGAAAAUUACAGAGAGAAUAUCCCAAGGUUCUAGUAACAAGACGACAUUUUAGUGAUAGUUCUGAUGCUUCAAAGAGGCCAGAAGUUUCACAAUCUCAGAAAUUGUUCGACAUUGGAACGAGAGGAAUCUUUGGUGAGGAACAUGAUAUUUUCCGGCAGACAGCUAGGAAGUUCUAUGUUGAGGAAGUUCUCCCGCAUCAUACAAGGUGGGAGAAGCAAGGCAAGGUGGAUCGGUCCUUAUGGGAGAAAGCAGGCGAAACAGGUUUAUUAGGAGCGUUCAUCCCAGAGGAGCAUGGGGGUCUGGGAGCAGAUUUACUCUCUGCAGCAAUCUGUUGGGAAGAGCAGAUGUAUGCCAACUGCACCGGACCUGGAUUUUCCCUCCAUUCUGACAUCGUUAUGCCGUAUAUAUCCAAAUAUGGUACGCCUGAACAGAGGGAGAAGUUCCUUCCCGAUAUGACGGCUGGGAAGAAGAUUGGAGCAAUAGCUAUGAGUGAGCCAGGAGCAGGAAGCGAUCUUCAGGGUGUCAGAACCAAUGCCAGGAAAGAUGGCGAUGACUGGAUUCUCAACGGCAGCAAAGUAUUCAUCACCAAUGGCAACCUGUGUGAUGUUGUUAUUGUUGUCACGGUAACCAACCCACAGGCCAAGGCUGCUGCUCAUGGCAUCAGUUUGUUUUUAGUUGAGGAAGGAAUGAAGGGGUUCAACAAGGGGAAAAUUUUGGACAAGAUUGGACUCAAGGCUCAGGACACGUCAGAACUUUUCUUUGAAGACGUCCGCCUGCCAUCGUCGGCUCUCCUUGGGGGAGAAAACAAGGGUUUCUAUUACCUCAUGAAAGAGCUCCCUCAGGAACGCUUGAUCGUUGCUGAUAUGGCCAUCGCGUCAAGCGAAUGGAUGUUUGAAGAGACGAGAGAUUAUGUGAGACAGAGGAAGGCUUUUGGAAAGACUUUAUCUAAGCUUCAGACAAUUCAGCAUGAGCUUGCCGAAAUCAAGACCGAAGUUUGCGUUGGGAGAGCAUUCCUCGACCAAUGCCUUGCUCUUCAUGCUGAGGAGAGGUUGGAUUCGUCAACGGCUUCUAUGGCUAAAUACUGGGCAUCUGAUCUUCAAAACAAGGUGGCCACAAGAUGUCUCCAGUUGUUCGGUGGCUGGGGCUACAUGUGGGAGUACCCUAUUGCCAAGGCAUUCGUCGACGCUCGCGUUCAGCCAAUCUAUGGUGGAAGCAACGAAAUUAUGAAGGAGCUGAUUGCAAGACCGAUAGUUACGGACAAUUAGAAAAACAUGGCUAUAGAGCACGGUACAUGUAAAAAAUGUAUCUGUAGUUUCUCUUUGUGGCUUGGUGCUUUGCACACGGGUGUAUAUAAUGAAACUUAAGUAUUGCAUGUUUAAAGAAACUUUUUGCGACAAUGUUUUUUGAUGGUUCAUAUUAUAAUUAUUUGACAAUAAAAUCCAUUCAGAUUUAAAAUA